GCCAGUUUGAGGUGAAGGGUCAGCGGGAGGCUGUGUGCCACGCCCAUGAACAUGACUGUAGAACACGUCAAAUGACUAGUCACAUGACUCAAUAUUAUCUGGUAUCAACAUUAUCAGGUGACUUUGGAGACGUUUAUACCCGAGCCGGUCAGCGCCCCAAACACGCCCCUGAGGAUGACCUGAGCCGGCCCAGCCCUCUCCGAGCGGCCGACGAGGAAGCGAUGCCAGCCAGUCGGGAGAAACCUCCUGAUGACGUGUUCCACAGCUGGAACACACAUAGGGCUGCAGAGGUUUUCAAGACAACAGGGCAGCAGGAUGCCCUCGCUUCCAGUGCUGGUCAAAGGUCAAAGGUCACCUGAAAGAAGCCGGGCAGAGCCUGCUGGCGUUUAUGUUGGGAUUGCUGCUGGCAUCGGCAUACGGCGCCAUGGUGAUCAUCCUGCAGAAGCAGUCACUGUGGGUGUGCGUCUACAGCACAGUGGGCGUGGCCACAGUGGCGGCCUUUGGGAUGGGCCUGUCGGCGGACAUGCGUGUCAACAUCAUGGUCAUGUUGCCCUCGCUGUGCUCAGCUCACGGACGUAACUUCCUGCUCUUCCUGUGCACCUCACUGCUUCUGUCCGGCCCACUCACCAACAUGAUGGAGAACACAGAGCGAGCUGCUGCCAGCCUGGUGUGCGGUGGGGAGUUGGCAGCCAAUCAGACAAGGGAGUGGAUGCAGAAAGCAGCCACGCCCCUCCUCUCUGCUUUGGAUCAGAUCCGUGAGAUCAGUCGCAAUGCUGUCGCCACGGUAACAAGAGUUGAGAAGCUGAUCCAGUCUCUGACCGACGCCAUCCGCCAUGUUGCUCGCACUCUGAGGAACGUCCUCCACUUCCUGGUGGACAUUGGAGAUGUCUGCAACGCCAAGCUGGGCUCUCCACACAGGAAGUGUCAAACCGUCUUCAGGCAGGCCAAAUCGGACUGCUCUGCCCAGCUGGGAGACUUCAACUUCCUGUGUGACAUCGUGAGCGGCUUGCAACCGCUCUGCAAGGUGGCCAACGCUGCGACGCUAUUCUGCACCAUCCCCUCAUACAUCGCCACUCAGCUGAAGGAACGUCUGGUCGAGCGUAAGUCCGAGCAUGUCUACCUCUUGGCCCGGCCCCUGACUCUUGCGUGUGUGUGUGCAGCCACCAUCUCGGCCUUCCAGCGCAUGAGGCGCCAGUUCGACUUCAACUUGACAGUGACGGCCAUCUUGGAGGCGGACGUCAAUGUGAGCCGCUCACUGGGCAAGACUGGUCAGAGCAUCCUGGAAGAGCUGACCGCAGACCUGCGAGUCUUCAAGAAGCUGAGCGGCCUUCUCUCCUGGGCCAGCCCAGUCCUGCUCGCCUGCUCCUUGCUCAGGGCUGUGCAGUACAGGCGCAGGUACUUGACCCAGAUGAACUUUGACAACGUCUACAUCAGCGCUCAGUUCAUAGAGCUGGACAGUCAGGUGACUGCAGGGGGUGGGGCUUCCAUCUUGCCAAUCACACGCAGAGAGUCGACCAUCUACAUCACGCCGCUGUCGCCGCAACUGACAAGCAGGGAGUGGCAAGCGGUCCUUGUGAGCGUGGCGUGGGUGCUGAGGCACACACUGUGGGCCGGUCUGCUGGUGGCGCUGGACUUUCUGGUCUUCUGGCUUCUGGAUCAGGUGCACCGCCAUGUCCAGGGCGACGUUGUGGGCCGAGCUCCGGUCACGGUGGCGGUGCAGGUGAAGGGGUUGGGUUACACGGCGGACAUCAUGCGAGAUGUGGUGGCAUCGUUUAACGUCUUGCAGGGAGGAAACAUCACUAUGAUCAGCAGCAAGUGUGUGCUGGUGCCGUCAGAGCCCGACUACGCUGCCAGUUUCGCCAUAGGCUUCCUGCUGGGUAUGGCCCUGCUCAUGGCGCUCGUUGGAGGACCGGUGCAGCGUGCCCGACGACUCAUAUGCGCUCAUUUCCAUCCUGAGACCGAGCUGGAGCGCAUCUCCUUUCUGCGGCAGCUGAUCCUGGACGAGAGGAGGGCGGUGGGAAGAGCACUAGUGAGGGCAGGGUCCAGGGGUCAAGCGCAUGGAGCACAGCGAGGCGGCCAUCUUGGCCGUCAUUUAGGCGCGCUGUUGCUACGCUUACCACGAGGAGGAGCGUACCUGUCCGACCUGCUGGCCGCGUCAUCGGACAUGUGUCUGGCCUGUGGCAGAAGGGCGGGGUUUGCGUCUUUCAUCUGCGAUGUACCUGAAUGUCCAGGCCUGUAUUGUCAGCCAUGUUUCUCCAGUUUGGGCAACGUGUGUGAUGCGUGUGCACGACCCUUGACCUUCCAGGAGUACAGCGAGGAAGAGAUAGACUCCAGUGAUGAUGAGCGUCAAGAUGUAAAGGGACGGAGCUUUAUGGUGACUGACUGUGAGCUCAGCAAAUCACAUGCCAGCAAUGACGGGGGCGUAUCCCUCCACUCGACUGCCUCACUUGAACAAGUGACUGUUCACCUGACAUGACCAGAUGAGACAUUCACCUGCGUAGGAGAAACAGUCCUUCCAACGACAAUAGACAAGUUUCCUGAAGAAAAUCAAAAUUGAUUUGAUUUUGUUAAUUCACAUCAUAAUAAAUGACAUGACAGCACAUCUUGAACAAUAAACCAGCUUUGGUUAGGAAUGACCACUUCAACAGCAUAUCAACGCAACGUGACAACGCAAACACAGCAUUGCUGUGUUAAAUACAACAAAGUGUGUGUGCACAGCAACAUGACACAGAGCCACAGUGAAUUAUGACUGCUACACUUGAAGCACGCUUUUGACACGCUUGAAACACAGCAAGGCUUAAUAUAUGAUCGCAAUCAGUGCUAUACGGUGAGGUUCAUGG